GGAGAGCAGGCGUCAGCAGUAGUCAGCGAGGACGGGGGAGUGAACACAGGUGGACGAGGCCAACAUGAAGCCGCCACCUAUGAAGUUACUUCUGCUACUCGCACUGGUCCAUCUGGUGUGUUCAGACCCUGCCAAGGACGCUCUGCCUGACGGAGAAAGAAACGCGCUGGCACUCCGGGACGACGACCCUGAUGGAGCAGCCAUCCCAGCACUCGCUGCCAAGACCAACCAGGACAGUGCCGAACUGCCUCCCGGGGUAGAGACCAACACUGCCUUGAGUCCAAACAAGAGAGGAUUCUUUUCCAAGCGGAAAUCCUUCUUUGGCGGCAAGGGAAAAAAAGGAAAAAAAGGAAAAAAAGUUAAAUACAACACAGAUGAUGAAGAUGGCAGUGAGGAAGAAAGCCACGAAAAUUAUGAAAAAAGAAGCGAAGACGACUUGAAUCCUGAGGACAGUGAGGCUGAUGAAGCUAGCACUGAGGCUGAUGAGGGCACUGAGGCUGAUGAAGCUAGCACUGAGGCUGAUGAGGGCACUGAGGCUGACCAGGGCAGUGAAGAGGAUUUCGCUGAGAUUCAGCAAAUCGCUUCAAAAAUCUGGGGCGACGUAAAGUGCCGAGGCUAUAAAAAGAAGUGCAGAAAGUCGGAGGAGACGUGCAGAAAGUCGAGGACGUGCCGAGGCUCUAAAAGGAAGUGCAAAAAAUUGAAGAAGAAGUGUAACAAGAACAAGAAGGCGUGUCAAAAGUUGAAGACGUGCUAAGGCUCCUAAGAAGUACAAUUAAGGCUCCUCUAACAAGAAGUGCCAAAGGAAAAAAAAAUAAGAGAAAUGUUAACAGGGAAUAACCUAUUACAAGUGUCUGGGUGAUUUAAAUGAUGAGUUAUAAUAUAAUUCGUCACAAGGAUGAAUUAACUGAUCAAUAUUUGUCUUUUUUUCAAUAGACUAUUAGCAUAUGAUA